CAGCCGUGGCGGUCGUUGUUCUGGUUGUUCUUGUCGUUGCUGCAUCCCAUCACGGCAUUUCUGUGAUUGUUGGCGGCAUCGCGGGCCCCCAGCGGAAGGUGUUUUUUUCGCGGACGUGGCUUGAACAUAUCCGUGCUUGAUGGCUUCGCAAUGGACGGACAACAAAGACCCAGCCCCAGCACUACUGACGCCGACGCCUGCUGACUGCGACCAUUGUUGCUGCCACUAGCCAGCCCGCCCGCCCGAAGGCACCCUCGGCGCACCGCUCCCUCAUAUUCACGUCAACGCCAGAUGCGAGGAAUGGUAUGGCCAACGUAACACCUCGAGCAAGCGACUCUAGGCGGUCUAACCGACAUGAGAAUCGGCCACCCCCAGGACCCCAUCAGCUCUGUCGCAACGGACCAGGGUGUAGGAAACUCCAAGAAGGUACAUGCUACUACAGUCACGAUUUCUCGGGAUCCAUGUCUCCCAAUGGCACCAAUAAUCCCUCGCAGAGGGCGCUUAAUGUCCAAUCUCCAGCCUUCACGCCCACACUCGCUCACGCAAAGCCUGUCAAACAGAUGGGCAUCUCUCCCAAAGCUGUGGCUGCAGCCGCAUUCACUCCUCGUGGCUCAGGAUCGGUGACUCCGGCGGCGCCUCUACACAGCAAGCAGUUGUCUGAAGAGUUUAUACCACAGCAGCCAUUCCAGCAGAUCCAGCAGAUAUCAGAGUUUGUGCCAGGACCAGAUUUCGUGCCCGGACAGGACUUUCUGUCUGGACAGCAGUUUAUGGGAGUUCCCAGUCUCAAUUCUCAAACACACACGUCGACGCAGUACAACCCAUAUGGCGAUUUUGCACAGCAAGGCUUGAGUAGCAUGGAGACGUCGCAUAUCCAUGUCAAUCCGUACGCACACCACGCAGGUUCAGGUGGGGUGCAGCCUUAUUACCAGAACUCGACCGACUAUUCGUACCCACUCAAUUACCAUCUAUACGCUCCAUUUGGACCGCGACGGGAGAACUUGACGGCCUACCAACGUAGCACGGCCGACUUUUUCAUUCCGGACGAUAUACGCGAAGAGCUUCAGCGAAAGUCGGAAAUGACGCUGCAAACGUUUGCUAACAGUACUCUUCCCCAAAGCGUCGAACACUUUCAUUCGCUGGUUGCUUUGAAUGUGAGAAGCUCCAAAAGUCCAGCCACGUUUGGCUACCCGAGCUCGAUCUAUAAAGCCACGUCUAAACGGGACGGGCAUACGUAUGCGUUGCGGCGCAUUGCAGGCUUUCGCCUGAACAGUGAAGCUCAGAUCAGAACCAUCAAUGCGUGGAAACGGUUGAGCAGUUCCAGCUUGGUGGCUAUACACGACGCUUUUACUGGAAGAUGGUUCGGAGAUAGUUCGCUCAUCAUCGUCACUGACUAUCACCCUUGCUCACAGAGUCUCGCGGAAAAGUUCUUUGGCGCCACACGAGAUUUCAAAAAGUCCGUCAGCCAGGUGGUGCCUGAGAGUGAACUUUGGGGAUACAUUGUCCAGCUGACCAGUGCACUGAGAACGAUACAUGGCGCAGGACAGGCGGCACAGACUGUCAUGGCAUCGAAAGUUCUGCUCACGUCUAAGAACCGUGUCCGCCUGAAUGGAUGCGCCAUUCUCGACAUUAUACAAUAUGAUCAACGACCGUCGAUGCUCGAACUCCAGAAAGCCGAUCUCCGGGAUCUUGGAAGACUCAUAUUGAGCAUCGCCGCGCGAAAUCAGCUGGCGCAUAAGGAUGCUGCGAAGGCGCUGGAAUUGAUCAGUCGAUCAUACACGGAGAGGUUCCGGUCGUGUAUCGCAUGGCUGCUGGCGCCUCCCCCUUUGCAACAGGAUGGCGACGGUUCAGUAGCAUCGUCGACGACGGGCGAGUACAGUGCGAAUGCACUGCUCACCAGCAUCGCCGACAAAGUUAUUGACAUAUACGACAAGGGUCUCCAUUAUGAAGAUGAAAUGACAGCCCAGCUGUCGCGCGAACUGGAGAACGGACGAGUGCUGCGGCUGUUGACUAAGCUUGCAGUGAUACUGGAGCGACCGGACAUCAGCAUCACUGGCAAUACACGUGGCAACCCAGCUUUGCUCAACCAACCGUCUGCAGCGUGGUCGGAGACUGGAGAACGGUACUAUCUGAAGCUGUUCCGAGAUUAUGUCUUCCACCAAAUCGACGCGGAAGGCAGACCAGUCAUUGACCUGGGACAUAUCCUGACAUGUCUGAACAAAGUCGAUGCCGGCAUUGACGAGAAGAUUCAACUCAUCAGUCGGGACGAGGAGAGUCUGUUUGUGGUGAGCUAUAAAGAGGUCAAACGAGGCAUAGAGAGUGCUUGGAUGGAGAUAUUGAAGGCUUCGAACACAGCGAGGCGAUGAUGAUAUUCUUGUCCACGGAAGAAGCCAUGGCCAUGGUGCAGUCAGUCGGUGAUUGGAAUAGUGACUGACAUCCGGAAUAGAAUCAUCCAACCGGUCGUUUCUAGUGUAGCACAUCCUUGUUCUUUCCGACGCAAAUGCCGACGGUCUCUUUCGCCUUUGCGGGCAAGCAAUAGCCGACAUUGAUAGAUCAGGUCCUUCGUUUGUCUUUAUUAGAUACUGUAGAUAAGUAUAUUUAUCCAGUCG